AUGAAGGAAGCAAACUGUAGCGAAAGGGCCACAGCAAAAGAGGGUCAUGGGUUUGAAAGAUGCCAUGAAGAAUCAAACCACAAAGAGAAAGGAUGGUCACUUACUUUCAGACAGACAGACAGCCAGCCAGCCCUGCUUGCUAUCUUGCUUCCUUGCUGUCUUGCUUGCCUGGUCCGAAUCCCGAGCGUGGAGCACCGCAAGGGUGUGAAAGAUGCCAUGUUCCUGAAAAAGAUCCAAGUUCGAAGCGAAUCCAUGCGCACCUCUUCUACUACUUCUUCUUCUUCUUCUUCUUCUUCUCAUGUUUCAGCUUCUUGGGCUUGGUGAAGGUUUUCUUCUUCGUUUGGAAUUGUAGUGUUUUUGUUGUUGAUGGUGUCGGAAGACUUCCCAUGCAAGGCGAUCCUCUUCCUCGGCACUGUAACGACAAGGAUUGCAUCUCAGCGUUGAAGAACACACUAUCUCCUCUCCUGUAUUUCAAAUGACCUGAAACAUGGGACGAUCUACUAUCCAAAACCCUUGAAGAAGCCCUGGACAUGUCGUCGAAAAUUCUCGAAGUAAUUCAACUCGGCAAACAUGAAUUUAUGCUUACAGGCACGAUCAGUUCAUGUUAGCCGAAUGGCAACGUCAGGAAGUUUGUAGUUGAUCUUUGCUACGUUGACGUGAAAUCUGUGAUGGAUUUGUCGCAUUCCACGGCUGGUUUUAUGAUAUCAUCCUUUAUUUUGUAAAACACGAGUUUCAGACGACGCAGAUUUCCUGUACGCUUUCAUAAUGGAUAACAUUGAUACCAAUUCGAGAUACCCAUGUGACCUGUGGACCUAAAGCUGCAAAGUGGAGCGACUUUUUUUGUGCCGGCUAUGGCCAUCUCUAUCUCCCUCUCUCCCUUCACGAUUCUGAUGAGUUCUUUGCAAGCAACGUUAACAGUGUUUUUAAGAAGACAUUCAGGUGGAGCUAUUCCAAUCUCGUUGUCUUUGCAUCCUGGAGAUAGAGUUUAUUAGGGUUUCAACAUGGGCUUGGAAACACAGCGCAUUGUUUUACGCACUCCAUCCCCCGAGGACGAUGAUACUUUCAUCUCAUUCUUCUCAGACCCUAUGACGAUGCAGCAUCUUCCAGUAUUUCUCAGUAAACCCUGGGACAGAGCUCGUAUGGCUGCCCGACGGGAAGCUAAUGAAGGCCAGGAACUUCUGGGGCGAGCACGUAAUUUCACCGUUCUUCUUCGACAUGGUAACAAGGAUUUAGGGUUGGAAGUCAUCGGUCAAGCAGGAUACCGGAGUCUUUGGAUGGAAGAGAGCCCCAAGAGAGGUGAAAUGGGGUUGAUUUUGGGACAUGCGUACCACGGAAGGGGACUGGUUUGGGAUGUACAUCUCGUCUUGCUGACAUUUGGGUUCGAGGUGCUGGGAUUAGAGAUGGUAGAGUGGGUUACAUCCGAGGGGAAUGAAGGAAUGCGGACCGUGUUAAGGAAAAUUGGAUGCACUGAUGUCGGAGUUUUGGUGGAGGAUGGCAGUGAUCCACUGUGGGGUACGCAAGUUAAGUAUACUCUACACAGUUACGACUGGGCGAAAUCCAAGAUGCGGCUGAGGGAGAGGGUGGAUCGGUGGGUGACCAAGACACAGCACAAGUCUGAAGAUGUUGGAUCGGCGUGAAGUCUGUGGACGUGGAUGUCGAAAAUGUAGCAUUUUCCUCUGCUCUCCUUUUGUCACACCCACAGCAACGCUAGUUUGAGGUUUUGGCCAUUCUCGAUAAAAGCAGAAGUCGCCUCUUACAUACAGAAUCCGCCUCUAGGUAUUGUGUCCGGUGUCUUUUGCCACAUUUACCUUAGAGGUGCUUGAUUUACUUGUUUGACUCAAGUAUGAGUAGGACCGGCUCACAAGACAGUUUUGCAUGGCUCUUACUGAGUCUAAUUAAAAUAAUUUUGAACUAAUUCCUCUCUUUUUUAAAGUAGUUGGUGAGAUUCAUUUUGUGGGACUAUCAUCAUGGCAACCAGAGGGUUGUUGCAUGCUUGUUGAAGAGUGCAUGCAGAGCAUCUUUGUUGCUGGAUGGAUGCUAUCAUAGUCUCCAAGUGGUUCCGUGCUUGAGGUAAAUAUCAUGCACUACUAGUUGAUUUUUAUACCCAAGGAGCUAUAUCUCGCUACAUUCUUUGUAUUUCAUGUAUGAGGUUGUGCACUGUGUUGUAGAAUUUCCAUUUUCAAUACUAUAUUUUACAAGUUUUACACUA